UCCACUGAAAUAUAUUGCAGCCUAAAGACACAUGAACAAGGCCUGGAAAAUAUUUAGUGUCUCUAAUAAACCGUCACGAAACCAAGGACAAAGGGUGAAGAGAUAUACUUGUAAAAAAAAAAAAAAAAAAGUCAGCUCUGUCACACUGUAAGCAUAAUUAAAGAGCAAACCCAUCUGCUCAUAUUCAACGGGAAGGAGAACAACUGGAGUCAACGGCUGUUUUCUAAGGACUGAGUGCUCGGCUGCAUCAAUCCGGGAAGACGAAAAUCAGCACCUGUCAAAACGUGUUGUGAAAAUCAUCAGCAUCUAUCAUGGAGGCAGGGAGAUUCAGCCGUGGGCAGUGGGCGUCAAGUUCAUUACGCAUCACAGCAAAAGAGCUCUCAUUGGUCAGUUCCCGUGGCAAGAGCAACGCCAUAGCUGAGCGCUUCUCAAAGUACCAGAAGGCUGCAGAAGAGACUGGUGCAGACAAGAAAAAAAUAACGGUUGAAAACCUGCUGCGCUCUGGCAACCUCAGCGACCUGAAGAAACGCUGGGAGCAGAAAAAACAGGACAAACCUACCACCCAGCCCAGUGCCCCGGCACGGACCCGCCUGCCAUCCCAGCUCUCUGUUUCCAAACCUGAACCUCCAGCUGAACCCAAGCCCCCGGCUCACGCCACCUCUCUGACCCGACAGGACAGCCUGAGCGCUCGCAGGGAGAAAGCCGGUCAGAACAAGCAGGAGACAGAGGGAGGGAUGGAGAGAAAGCUGAAGCCUGAGGAAGAGGAGGAGUUUGGGGCAAAAGAGGCGGAGUCAGGGUCUUCCUCAGCGUCCAACCUCUGCUCACCUCUGGAGAAGCCCAGUGUACCUUUAAACAGUCUGAAGAUGAUGUUCGAGAAGGGAGAAGCCAAGGGGCGGACAGGACGAAACAGCAGCACCUCAGAGGACAUGGACACCCGUCUUGGAGAGAAAAGGGUUGCUACUGUGGAAAGAUCAUUCUCUCUGCGAGACAGGAUGGCCAAGUACCAGGCAGCUGUAUCCAAACAAGACCCUUCCACACGCACAGCUGGCCAGACAGAGACAGAGCGGCGUACUCCCAGCGCAGACCAUAAGGAGAAUGUGCCCCCUGGUGGUGUGGGAGUGGCAGUGAACCUGCUCUCUGAGUCCAACAGUCCAAAGACAAAUGGACUUCCAGAGGACACACCAGGCUCCAGUCCUGAAAACCCUGCAUCCGCGAGUGAUGACCCACCCAAAACAGUGAAGAAGUUCCGUCUGCCUGUCAGGGAGACUUGUGUUGCGUGCCUUAAAACCGUUUACCCGCUGGAGAAGCUGGUGGCCAACAAUCAGAUUUUUCAUAACUCGUGCUUCCGCUGCACCCACUGCAAUGCAAAACUCAGUUUGGGGAGUUACGCCUCUCUCCAUGGGAAUGUCUACUGUAAACCCCACUUCAGUCAGCUCUUCAAGUCAAAGGGCAAUUAUGAUGAGGGCUUUGGCCACAGACCUCACAAGGAGCUGUGGACGCCCCGUACUGACGAUGAGCAGAUGGAGGAGACAGAGCAUCCUAAGGAUUCGGCAGCAGAACCUGGUUUAGCGAGGCCUGUUAGUGAGGCGGUCUCAGAGAAGGAGCCCAGCCCCACAGUGGAGGACUCUCCCCUGGCCAAAGUGACCGAAGUCGCUGCCACUCUGGAGACUCGAGCUCAGAUGACAAGCCCUGCUGAGAAGCCUGCGGUUGUCUCCAUGGAGACCCGGAGGCUUAAGAUCGCCUGGCCUCCAUCUCUUGAUACCGAGGGCGGAUCCAGGGGUCCUGGCUCAGCUGCGGAGGGGAGAACGGGUGUGGCUAAGCCCUUCCGGCCAAAGUGGCCUCCAGAGGAGGAAGUGACACCCAUUCAGCAGAGCACAGAGAGAGCAGAGCUCAAGAGCCUGAGACGUAGCUCCUCCCUGAAGGAGCGAAGCCGUCCCUUCUCUGUCGCUCCCAGUCUGGUCACUGCAAAUCCCGCGGCACGAGAGCCGCGGCGGCCCCUCAGGCGUAACUUCGAGCGGCGGGGCUCGCUAGAGGAGCUCCAUUCCUCGAACCAGUCACAAAAUGACAAGCAAAAUGCAAAGGAGAGACAGAGAGAAGAGGAGGUGAAGGAGACAGAGAGAAUGAAGGCAGAGGAGCAGAAAAAGAAAGAGGUGAUCAUCACAGACCAGAAAGCCUCAUCAGGUGGCAGCAGCACAGAGGAAGAGGUUGAGAGAGUUCCGAGCAUAAAGGAGGUGGAAAAAAUGCCCCGCUCCAUUCUAAAGCAGCAAACCUCUGUCGAGGAUGUAGAACCAAACAAAAACAUGGAAAAGGAAGGGGAAGAAAAUCCUGUGAAAAGCCACAGCGCCUCCAGCGAGGUCUCUGAUUCUCAGCCUGCUGUGGGUAACAAGGACAACCGGACGUCCCAGGAUGUGGGCUUCUGGGAGGAAGAGGAGGCCGAGGAAGAGUUGACAGUGGAGGAGAUGAUUAAGAGGAAUCGUCACUAUGAGGAAGAGGAGGAUGACGAAGAAGAACAAGAGGAAGCGUUUGUCUGAUAGAAAAAAAUCUCUCUUGAUUACUUUGGUGGUUGGACAUCUUGAUGUAGUUUUAAAUUGCAAACACAUAGCACAGGGAACUUAUAUGGUUGGAGGAGUGCAAAAGUCAAAGUAUCAGGGACCAUUCACAUGGUUCUCUGCAUUGUAAUUGUUUGCUAAUGAAGUCUUGUGGACAACAUCCAGCAGAACCUGCUGUUUUGGGACUUAAAAUUGUGCCACCCUUCCAUUCGGUAUCCCUCAAUAGCACACUUUUUGCUUUCUCAUUUCUCUCUCUCUCUCUCUCUCUCUCUCUCUCUCUCUCUCUCUCUCUCUCUCUUUCACCUUUUCACUCUGACAUUAUCUGCUAGAUUUAGACUGGAGAUAAAUGAUAAGUUUCUACUCAAAAACAAAUGACGGAAACUAAUUUAACUCCGGUAAUCUGGGUCUUUUAUUUUUAUUUCUAUGUUUAUGUGCUUAUGUGCUGGGACCAAACCAAGUGGGUACUGUUUGUUUCAUGUUUUUUGUUUGAAUGUUUAUCAUUUCUUUUUAAUCAUUGUCAGUACUGGAUCUGUAGAAUUAUUUAGCAUCAAAACAAAAAAAUUCAGAAGCACAAUGUCAUGUACAAGAAUAUUUUAAUGUGGAUUUUAUGAAGCCUGCUGUAAGUAAUAGGCAAGAAAUGGAUGGAAAGAUUACGUUGUUUGUCACUAAACGUUCCUGUAAAAGUUUUUUGGUUUCUUUUCUCUGUUUUCCCCCUUUAUCAUGAUUCUGUCAUAAAAUUUUGUGUAAAAAUAUUUUCAUAACAUGUCUUUAUAUUUAAAUGUGAAAAUUCUAAAUGUUGAGAACUGGAAAAGGGUGUUUUUCUAGCAAAAGACCUUCUCUUAGCAAGAGAAAAAAGGAUAAACACAUCAAAGUGAAUCAAAGUGAAUGUGGACAGUGAAAAUAAAGUCAAGGCACCAGUCUGCGUAUCAGCUGCAGUUCUUCACCCCUGCCAUCACCAAUCUGGAAAAUGUGAAAAGUGAACUUAAAGGAAUAAGUUUUUACAACACUAAAAUUUUGGUUAGGGUGCCAAAAAAACCCAUGGAAAAUACUGCAAAAUGCAUUUAAAUCCUUGUUAUACUUGUGAAACGACAGCCGUCAGUUCAGUGCUUGCUGGAAUUCCCUGAGGUGAAGAAGUGUGAGAGUAAUGUCCACUACUGCAUGACUAGCACAGCAAAAACAAAUGAGACCUCACCUCUAAACCAUACUUGAACUAUCAGAAUGAAAUUGUUCAGAGCAUUGAGAAGGGAAACCUUUAUUUUGUGCUAGGGUACGAACUGCAAGCUAAAAAACAGACAAAACCUGUAGCCAAGUAUCCACUCUGUUAUUAGAAAGCAGGCUGAUGGCCAGCGAUGACAUAUGAGCAAAUAGAGGUUUUAACCAAAGCCAUACUGUGGUCUCUGUCCAGUACGCUGCCUUGCAAGUAUGAUUAUAUGUUGCCCAGAACUUUUUUUUGUGUGUGUUUGUUCAACAAUAUUGUGCCUGUGAACAAUACAGAUAGGAAUUGUUCUGAUGAUGAACUUUUGUAACUGGAACAGUGCACAAUAAGAGUUAUUUACAGCUGAGAAAUAUGUUUAUAAUUCACUGAGGAGGGAUAUGUAUGUUAUUGAAGUUUUAAAUUUUAAGCGGACCAAAGUGUAACACAAUGUUUAAUAAAUGUU